CUGGAAAUUUAUUUUAGUUUUUGCUGUUGGCUGCAUUUCAGUCUGACAGUGCCCUACGUACCUGUGGCACUCCAUGGUGCCCUUUGCAAGGGUACAAAAAGUGGAUUUUCCUUUAUAAAAAACCCUGAAGCUACCUUAGAGGGUGCACAAGGUUGCGUCCCUUGCACACGCUUGUCAUUAAUUCUGCUCUUCAUUUUUUUUAUAGCUUCACGAUACUUUAAUUAUUUCCGUUCUCAAUUUUCUUUCCUUGAAGAAAUAAAGAAAAAAAAAGCCCAAACAAUCUCUCUGACUUCCAGGCGAGCUCUGCAGCGGUAGCGACUGAAAAAAGAAAAUCUUAGAAUGGCGUCGCUGCGCUCCUGCGCCGGGGCUGGGUUCUUGCAGGCACGAGCAGGGUGGCAGCCAGGAUCCUCGGCUCUGGUUCACGCUCCCGACGAUGCGGAGGGGAAAGUGCCGUUGCGUUAGCAGCAGCAGAGACGUGCCAACCUUAGCCAAGGCGGACGGGGUAGUUUUGAUUAGCUGCAGCUUUCCAGAAGCUGGGAACAGCUGAAGCGCUGUCCUGCUCCCAGGAGCUCUUUAUUCCCGAGUGGAGCCUUCAUUUUGCUGCUUCAGCUUAAACUAUGGAUGGAUUGGUUUAUGCUGAUAGACACGAGGAUGUUGGGAAGCUGUGUCAGAUGUUGAGAACGUUUGUUCCGUGCCGUAAAGGAUACGGUUUCGUGUAUCGCCCAGCCAUCGGUUUUCUCCCCGCAAAGUCCUGUUUUAGUAACUCAGCUGGGGAGCUCUGCAGCGGGACUCCUCAGAUGAGUAAGGAUUGCAAGAGCAAGGUUCUGCUCUUGGUGUACGUUGACUUUUUACCCUCUAAGUAUACGUCAGGCUGCAAGAGCUGUGGUUUAUCUCAGUAGGGAAAAAUCAAUGACUCACAUUUCCACAGAAAGAAAUGUAAUUUCCAGUCUCAUAGCAACUGUCCUUUCAACAGUUUCAAACCUUCUGUGACAAAAUGUUUAACACUCACCGCUCAGCUCCUAAUGCUCUAGGCUGGUCCACCCACUCACCCCACGGAAAAGCAUGCGUUUCUGCAUCACUGAAUCCCCCGAUAUCGGAGGGGGGAUGCUGUCAAGACAUGCUGAACAGUUAAAUAUAAAACCUUAGAAAUGAGCGAAGCGUUAGCGACUGUUCUGUGGAGACGGAGUGACUUCUGGAGGGUUUAAAAUCCAAACCCCUGUACUUUGAUUUUUGAAUCCCUGUUUUGUUUCUAUACACCUUCGGGUGUUUUAAAAUAGGUUUGGCUGGUAGCUUGGGUGAAGUAUUUUGGAAAAUUAUUUUACUUAGAGCAAGAUAUUCUCUAGUACAAAUGCUUCAGCUUGGUUUUCUCCCUAGAACUCAUGACUUAAUUUAUUUUCACGAAACCCCAGGGAAUUCAGUAAAUACAUCUGACCGUAAAUUUCAGCGUGGGGUAGGGCUGAACCAGUGCUGACAGACGGUUGGACCGCAGGUGUCAGGGUGAAAUGGGACUUUGUCCCCUGUUCCGAAACGGGGGUUUGUGCUGCUCUGGGCUCCGAGGCCUCGUGCCGGGUGCUGCGCUCGCCCUGCCCGGGCCCACGGGGCGAGUCAGUGGAAAGGCUCCCACCGUGCCUUUCCCCUCUUGUCCCCGUGAGAAGGCACAACAAUCCUCGGGGUACCGCAGGGGAAGCGACAAAAAAAUGCUGUGCUAUUCCGUAAUAGAAAGUGACAUCGAAGGACAAAGAACUAAUUAAAAAUGUCCAAAUAUGGCUAAAAGCAUUGCGCACUGAGAUCCUCUAAAAUAUCAGAGGAAGUUGGGCACCUGUCUGCUGGUCAAAUUUCUCAUUAACUGAAUUUAACUCGUUACUUUUCUUGUAGUUGAUUAUGGAAGAGGUGCACAAGAGCAGCAGUAACAGUUCAGUGACGCCUUCACAAACAUCAGCUGUACAAGGUACAACACUACAGGCAGCUCAGCUCUCUCAUAUUGCUCAACAGAUGUCUCUAAGAGGUCCUGCUCCCCUGACAGUUGUUCAGCUUCCUGGAGAGCAAGUCCAGGUCCAGGGAGUCAUUCAGACCGCUCAGUCCUCUUCCGUAAUCCACUCGCCCCAGGUGCAAACGGUGCAGGUAUCUUCUUUGUCUGAGAGUGAAGAUUCUCAGGAUUCAUCAGAUAGCAUAGGCUCCUCACAGAAAGCUCGAGGCAUCUUAGCUCGUCGUCCAUCUUACCGAAAAAUUUUGAAAGAUCUUUCUUCUGAAGAUACACGUGACCGAAAAGGAGAUGAGGAGAGUCCUGGCGUCUCUACUGUUACAUCUAUGUCCGUCCCCACACCUAUCUACCAGACGAGCACUGGGCAGUACAUUGCCAUUGCUGCAAACGGGCUACAGCUGGCCAGCCCGGGUACAGAUGGCGUGCAAGGUCUGCAGACACUAACGAUGACCAACGCUGGUGGUACUCAGCCUGGGACAACGAUAUUGCAGUACGCGCAAACGUCAGAUGGUCAACAGAUCCUGGUGCCCAGCAACCAGGUGGUGGUGCAGACUGCGUCGGGAGACAUGCAGACGUACCAGAUCCGCAGCACGCCGACCACCACCUCCCUUCCUCAGACUGUGGUGAUGACGUCUCCCGUCACUCUGACAUCGCAGACAAGUAAGACAGAUGAUCCGCAGCUGAAACGAGAAAUAAGGCUGAUGAAGAACAGAGAAGCUGCUCGAGAAUGCCGCAGGAAGAAGAAAGAGUAUGUUAAAUGUCUGGAAAAUCGGGUUGCGGUCCUGGAAAAUCAGAACAAAACUCUAAUUGAAGAGUUAAAAACUUUGAAAGAUCUUUACUGUCAUAAAAGUGUGUAAGAAAAGAAGGUAAAACUUUUGUGGACUGUUUAAAUUUCAGAGGAGAAAUUUUUUUUUUUUUUUUUUAUACUGAAUUUUUUAAAAUAGAUGAAAGGUCAAAACUGAAACUUUUCUACCUAGAUUUCGCAACUUAAAGACUAUAUAGAUUUUAUUUACAACAUGUUGAUGACAAAGUACAAACAGGAGACGAGAAAACCUCACCAAAAUUCCUGCUGCACAACUGGAAACUUUAUAAAGCCAAGAUUGCAUCUCCAGUGAAAGGACAGGCGUUUCACAAGGCAGGUGAUGAGAAUUUCUUUGAAAAUUUCUGCAAAUACCUCUUGCAAUGGAGGCGAUAUUUGGUUACAGUUAAAAUGCGGAUGAAAUGGAAUCCUUGCCAUAGCUGACAUUAUUAGUGACAUUUAUAACCAGUGUAUGUUUUGAUUUCUUACUCUUUUUCAAGCCUUUUUCUUUCAGUUAUUUGUAUGUAAAUAUUUUUAUUUUAACCUGUAAGUUGUUAUUUACAGGUGCAGAUGAUAAAGAAAGCUAAUACUUUGCUAGAGAUAUAAAUUAUGUUUACUCUUUCUCAGCUGACAGCUUAAAAAGUUGGGGUUUGGUUUUUGGUUUUUUUGUUUUUUUUUUUUUUUUUUUUCAAUGUUUGCUGUGUUUUAUCAAAUUUGGAAAGGAUCUGCAGGAAGCAGCGAGAGGCUGAGUCCUGAAAGGCCUGAGGCACGUGACCGAAGGUGUUGGCUUCUCUUAGGAGAAUUCAACACGUCCGGUUACUGCGGAGUCCGGGGCGGUAGACCGGGAACUGGCGAGCAAAGGUUUCUGGAGAAUGAUUUCGCAAUAGUUUGGUCUUAGUUGCUGGGCUUGAUAAACAUCUCUAACUGAGAAAUCAACUGCGCGCUGAUCGUAGAGACAACGGAACACGCGUUGCUUAUUCGGUCUGGAGAUUCUCCUGUGCUUCGGAACGUUUAAACCAAAUAGGAGGAGGAGGAUAAACGAAAAGAUUGAAGAUCUAUACCAAAGGGUUAAUGAGGUUCUAAUAUAUGGUUUAUAUGCGGAAAGUAGUACGGAAUUUCUGGACUAAUUUUGUAAGGUAGGUGAUAUUUUGCAAAGUAAUGGUAUCUUUGUAAGAAAAUAUUCUAUUGAAAACAGGUAGAUGGUCGGUAUAUUUUGUAGCUAAAUUGUGAUCUUUACAAAUUCUGAAAUUGAGUUUCUAUACGUAUUUUGACAGUUUAUAUAUUUCGUUUUAGUAAACAAAUGAAAUAUUUUGUGAACCAGAUUUUCGAGCAUAUAUUUUUAUGGAUAGUUCAAAGUCAAAUGAGAUCGUCUUUGGUGUAGGAGAUAUUUGAAUUAAUUUUGUACGUCUGUAGGCAACUUGCAAAAAAAUGGAUCCUAAGGAGUAUUGGAAAAAAAAAAGAGAAAAAAACCCAAAACAAAACACAAAAGAAAAAAAAACCAACAAAGAAAGAGAUCAGGGCUUUUUACUCCCCACGGUUGAUAUUAUCUGCACAUGAGAUCUGACAGCAUCAGAGGUUCUAGCUUGUGUGACUGUAAUUUGUUUCAGGUGAAAAUUAAAUGUUUGACAUGAUCAGGACUCUUUUGGGGGUGGAAUCUCCAUUCUUGGAGAUACUCAAAAGCCGUCUGGACGUGGUCCUGGGCAACCUGCUCUAGGUGAGCAGGGGGUUGGGCAGGGCGACCUCCAGAGGCCCCGGCCGACCUCAACCAUUCUGUGAUUCUGUGAUUCUGUGAAAUAGAAAAAUGUGUAUGCAGUGCUUAUUGCAUGAAUAAUAAAUACACUAUUUUCCAUAGUUAGGAUUGAAUCCUGCUUCCAGUUAUGUCAGCGGGAAUUGCACUAUGGACUAUGCUAUUACAAAGGUGUUAGAGCUACGUGUGUGUGUUGUGCUAGCUCAGAUCUGAAUGAAACGAGAAGUUGUACUCACUCCCUAGAUGUGUAACGCUUAGCAUAUGGUCAGUCAGUAUUUUUUAUUUUACUCAUUUUUGAAUUAAUGGACUUCGUAGCAAGCAGAGCUCUUUGCAAAUGGUAUGGGAAAGGCUGCAUUCCACAAUCACGACAUCAGUAGGCUAUAAAAACGUAUUUUUUUUCCUAAAGUUUCUAAAUACCCGAUUGUUACAGACAUGAUCCAGGGUACGUUUCCUUUAGGCCAAGCUGGAGCACGCGUUCGUGUUCGCACGUGCCAUUGCUGCACGUGACAAAUAGCCAGCCAGGCUGAGAACGCCAUUACGGUAGGGAACUGCUCCACAAGAGGCGUCCGGUGCCUCCUAUUCCUGUUAGUGGGAUUUCAGGAAAAACGAACACCUGGGCACGUGCUUGGCCUCUCAGAGAACUGGGCCUUUCGCUCCCUCUCCCAUCGGGGGGGGCACACGCUAUUCGGCUUAGGUUUAAGAGGGCUUGACUUACUGAAACGAAUUUGGUAACUCCUCUGUACGGUAUUUUGAUCCUCACUGUGUGCUGUUGUUCCUUUACCUUCUUUUGUAAUGCGGAAUAAUAAUUUAAAAAAGCUAUCAAGUGUUAAGAGUGUAAAAAAAAAAAAUAAAAAUAAAAAAAUGGUGGCCAAUUCUUUCUGUAUUCAGCAAGUGAAGCAAAUGUAGUGCUGCCAGACAUAACAUCAGUAAAUUUUUAUCCUCUUAAAAUAGUGUUUUGGGAAGAGCAGCUUAUUUUUCAUCAUGGAAAUAUUAAACAGUAACAUGAGUUUGCUCUUUAAGUAAUCACUUAUCAUGAAGUACUUAUUUUGGAUUUACUUCAAAAUCUAGAUUGUAAGAGAGUAAAAUCCUGUCAUCUCCUGAGCGUGAGAGAUGUAGUACCCGAUACUGUUCUGCUGGUCAUCUCCCAACGGAAGUACAUGCUUUAUAUGAACUGUAAAUAUUUGUCGAAACAAUUAGAUGGUUGCAAAUUUUGACCUUGGUAAAUAAA